GUGGCACCGUGACACCUGGGAUUACGGUGGACUGAUAAUGGGCAAGAGGCUGAUGGGGUGUCGUCGGGCGGUCGGGCCGGCCCAUCUCUUUUUUAAACUUGUAAAAUUGUAAUUACUGUGAUUUCCCAGAGAGAAGAAAAUGCAGAAGAGAGAGCAAGCGAAGAUGGGCGGAGCGGCGGGUGGCGCCGGAGCGCCGGCGCCGAAGAGAGGGCGUCCUUUUGGCAGCGGUAGUAGCAAUUCCUCCGCAAUUGCCGUCGCUUCAGCUGAUUCAGCCGCUCCUCCAACUCUCCUAGGCCCGUCUCUCCAAGUUCACAGUUCCUUCGCUGACCAAAACAACAAAAGGAUAGUCCUGGCUCUUCAAAGUGGAUUGAAGAGUGAGUUGACAUGGGCGUUGAAUACUCUUACCUUGCUUUCAUUCAAGGAAAAAGAUGAAGUGCGCAAAGAUGCAACGCCUCUUGCAAAAAUAUCUGGGUUGCUUGAUGCUCUUCUCCAAGUUAUAGAUGACUGGCGUGAUGUAGCUCUUCCAAGGGAACUUGUCAAGACGCCAAGGGCCAGAUUGUUAGGUACAAAUUCUGUUGUUAGUGGAUUUGGGAAUGAGUAUGACGCUUUAGGCUCGGUUGAAGUUCUGCCUCGUCCUAGCUUGGGUCCUAAUUCCUCUGUUACUGAGGCAUCAGUGCAGAAGAAUUUGACCGAACCUCGUCCUUCUGAGUGGUGGUAUGAUGAAGAUAGUCUGUUUAAUCUAGAUGAAGAAGGAAGGGCAGAAAAGCAGCUAUGUGCUGUUGCUUCUUCAAACAUCAUCCGCAACUUCUCUUUCAUGCCAGAAAAUGAACUCAUUAUGGCUAGCCAUCGGCAUUGCUUGGAAACAGUGUUUCAGUGCAUAGAAGAUCACAUCAGAGAGGAUGAAGAACUUGUGACCAAUUCCCUUGAGACAAUUGUGAAUUUGGCACCAUUGUUGGAUCUUCGAAUUUUCCGUUCACCCAAGCCGUCUUACAUUAAAAUAACUGAGAAACGUGCAGUUCAAGCGAUAGUGGGGAUGUUGAACUCCACAGUUAAGUCCUGGCAUUGUGCAGCUGCUGAAGUACUUGGGCGUUUAAUAAUCAACCCUGAUAAUGAACCAUUUCUUCUACCCUUUGCUGCACAGAUAUACAAGCGUUUAGUUGAUCUUCUGAGCUUUCCAGCAGCAGAUGCCCAAGCAGCUGCAGUUGGUGCACUUUAUAACCUUGCAGAAGUUAAUAUGGAUUGCAGGUUGAAGCUUGCCAGUGAGCGAUGGGCUAUUGAUCGACUACUGAAAGUAAUCAAGACACCACAUCCAGUGCCAGAAGUUUGUAGGAAAGCAGCAAUGAUUGUGGAAAGUCUUGUUUCAGAACCGCAGAACAGGGCUCUGCUGAUGGUUUAUGAGAAUGCCUUUGCGGAGAUUCUUUUCUCAGAUUCAAAACAUUCUGAUACAUUUGCAAGGAUAUUGUAUGAAUUGACAUCUCGACCAAACAAUAAAUUUGCAGCAGCUCGUGGUAUUUGGGGCAUGUGACUGGAACCUUGCUUCCUUUGUAUAACCUGGCAGUUGGUUUGACUGACAAGAUAAUUGGUUAGUAUUCUUGCAAAAAAUCUGCUAGUUUUUUACUGUAAAUAAUAGUUAACUAUAGUUUUGAACUGGCACAUGUUCUAUUCGUAACCAAUAUUGAUUUGUUUCCUUGUUGUAGCCAGUGCAUUGUUGAUAUAUGUUGUAUGACUAAUUAAUCAUCAUCUGGACUGUAUUAUUGUCCCUACAAUUGCAUGUAUUUUUGCUGUAAGUUUAUGCAGAAUUACGAAUCUGUUUUUUCA